UAGAAUCUAGAUAGACGUAGCACACACAUAUAUACCUACUUCUUAUUUACUUAGUUACUUACUUUGCACAGUCCUAGAUUUUAUUUAAUAGUGUUUUUAUACCGCCCUCUGUAGCCUGGCCGGCCCCCUAUACAUACAAAGCAGGCUUCCCCAUCCCCGGACUUCCUCGCCUCGUUUUUUCUUCACUUCUAUGAUAUACGGGUGACUGCCACUCGCUCUUAUAGAGGCUAGGUGGUAAUACCAAACCAAACCAAACCGUACCGUACCUUAUCUUGACUCAACUUAUAUCUCCCUUCGUUACAGGGUCGACCCUUGUUGUCUAAGACACUCAGGGCAAGCCAAGCAAGCAAGCAAGCAAGGCUGUUAGCAGUGGCUUCGCCCCCAAACAUUCGACCUCCAGCGUUUCUUCUUCCAGACAUAAAAGGAAGCUUGCACCCCCCCCCCCCCCCCACCAUGAACCAGCGCCCAGAACUACGACGGAGCGGGUCCUUCGACUCGGACACGUCCUUGUUCUACUCGGUGCGCUCGGGAGAUUCGGCGUACUCGGUCUGGUCGUCUUCCGAGUCCGACUCCUUCGUCUGGAGGGACGACCCCUUGGGGUUCUACGGGGUCGGCGGGGCCGUUACGCGGUACGUCGACGACCGUGACGACCAGCGCAAACGGUUCGCCGCGCACGUUUUGAGCGGGCCCUUUGCCCAGUUCUACAAGAAGAAGCGACACGCGAGCUCUCACGCUGCUCGGCCGGGUCGCAGCACGCACAGCUCGCGCUCCAGCUCGCGCUCCAGCACAAACAGUGUUAGUCCAGGAAGAGGCCACCAUCACGAGCCCCGCUUCCAACCGCGGCCUCCUAGCGCCGGGCCUCAGUACCAUCAGGAGCAGUUUCACGAGGAGCAGUUCCAAGAAGAGCAUUUCCACGAGGCACCCUUCCACCAGCCGCCUUUCCAUCCAGGUUUCCACGGAGGACCACCCCCUCCCCCGCCGCCACCACCACCCGCUGCUGCACCCGCCGGGUUCGAAGGCGGCUUCAUCCAGCUCGGCGGUCCCGGCGGUCCCAGCGGUCCACCACCGCCACCUCCAGACCCAGUCUGGGGCAACGACGCAGGCUACGGGCCCGGAGUACACGUUUACGAUUAAUGACUAUGACGACCAAGUGUUGUGACGUGGAACACCUCUACUGUAAUGUUCACGUAUGACCAGGAGGAUCUCAUGACUGCACGGAAUGGACAAGACGGGUUCUAUUUUAUUAUAUUCAGCGGUCUUUGGGUGGAUGUUUGUUUGUUUAUUUGUCUGUCUGGGGGUGUACGGCGUUUACGAGGGCUUCGUAUUGGGAGAGAAGAUGUAUAUGUUCUUGAGCAGCAUGCCAGCCAACCAGUUCUGCGACGAAUCGCAGAGAAAAACAACAGUGAGCAGUCACGAGGACGAAGUCGUUCCUUGCAAAUGAAUAUACCUAAUCAGCUAGGUUAAGAGGCAGAAAGAGUAAUGAUCCAUCCAUUCAGGUACCCAGCACACGGAUGGAUGGUCGGCGGGUAGCGGGUAGCGGGUAGCGGGUAGCGGGCAG